CCAAAACAAAGACGGUAAAAAAACCAUCUCUGCGUGACAUCUUAAUGUCUACUCUGGAACGAGAGCUUCGUCGUAAAAUUCCAAACGAAAUCUUACCUGAUGGACCUCUAGGGAAAUUUGACUUCCAAACGGCUAGAAUUUGGCGUUUUACUUGAGCUACAGAUCAAAAAUCCGUCAGAAUAAUUAUGCAUAUGUGCUGCGGACUAUUAUCAGUUCCACGUGUAAAUUCGCUGUAUUUUUGUCAAGUUUACUCGUGAUUGCCUCGAGAAAUUAUUCUUCGAGCGAGAACCGAGAACUGUGGGUAAACCUGAAUCUGAUUCUCAAUGGCAGAAUUGUGUUCACCAUACUACAGUACACCAUAUUUCCUCUCAGACGCAGGGAUAAAAAAUGCUUGCGACAAAAACAACAACAGCAGCGAAAGCAAAGGCGCAACUGCAUCUCUGUUGACAGACGAGUUUUUUCAAAGUAUCCUUGGAAGAAGAGGAACACUUCUUUCUUUGUAUCCAUUUGAGAUCCCUCAGCAAAGCAUCGGCCUAACUACAACAUGCAAAGCCAUACAAGAUGAUGAUCGAAUGAUUGGGCACCAGGGAUUUGAAAUCACCUACAGACCGAGCUCUGGAGAUUCAGCAAGGAAAACACUUCGAGUUGUCGCAAAAUGUAAGCCACUGGCACUUAAGUUCGUUAACAUCUUUGGAGAAUGGAUCGAGAAAAAAAGUGGAGACGUAAGCCAGUAUGCUGGGAUGUUUCGCCGUGUGUCUUAUUUCAGGAACUCUGAUGUAAGGGAGAUUAAAGUAAUGACAACGCAAGACCCAAGGUUUACAGACAUUGCGCCGAAAGUUUAUCACACUGUCUGUGAUCCUUCUAAGGAGGUAUUUGUUAUAGUUAUGGAGGAUCUUACCGAUCACGUGACACAUUUCAACACCAUCAAUAACGCGUCAGAGGUCUGGGAUCAAGAAGAUAUUAAGGUGGUUCUGCGAGAUAUCGCCCGAUUUCAUAGCAUCCACCUUGGCAACGUAACUAGCCUAGAAUCUGAGCCCUGGAUGUGCUUUUACAGCGGAAGCGUUAUGAAGGCGCUCUCAGGUUUUUGGCGCGCCCUUUUGUGUCACAAUCGUGCUACAUUUCCUGAUCUGUGGACUACGAAAAGGACGAACCUUGUCAGAAGUUUUAUUGACAACAUGGAUCGCGUCUGGAAAAUAAUCGAUUCGUUUCCAAGGACUUUAGUCCACUAUGAUUUUACUCCAAGAAAUGUGUGCCUCCGCAAGCAAGAAUUUACAACGGAAGAUAAUCACAGCCGCUUCUUUAUCGCAAACAACAAAUUAAGUCGAGUGUCCUGUAUCUACGACUGGGAAAUGGCAACAAUUCAUGCUCCUCAACAUGACAUGGUAGAGUUCCUUGCAUUUGUUCUUCCAGGGAGUGGUGAGGUAUCGACCCGUACAAACCUUGUGCGAUUUUAUCAAGAACAGCUGGAAAAAUCAAGUGGAAUGACUUUUAACUCGCAAAAGUUCAUGAACGUUUUUAUUGCAGUGUGUUGUGUGUAUGCAUUGCAUCAACUCUCCUUGAAGACCAUCACUCACUCAGUUACGCGGUUACCCUAUUUUGAGAGAGCUGUUCAAUCGCACAUGGGAUUCCUGGAGGACUUGGAAGCAAUGGGCUGUCUUAAGUUCCUUUAUGAGGAGCCAGUUUAAGGACAAUCCUUACCUAUAAUGAUAUUGAAUAUCAUUAAGCAACCGUCUGACUUUGAAUGACACGAUAUUCUAGUUUUGAAUCGACAUAUCCAUUCUUGUUUGUUUUGUCAAAGGUUAGAACUCAAAUGCCAGUGUUUCUUUAUUCCCUAAAGGCUCAAUGGCCCGCCGCUGUUCGAGGCUCUUCAAGGAUGAAAUCAAGACAAAAACUCGAGAGAACAGAAAAUAUUGAGCCUAAAUUUUCUAUGGCGCUUUACUUUAUUUCAAUCAGUUUCAUGGGGCACUUUAACAUCAGAGAAAUCUUGUUAUGAAAAUUUUAACAAGGAAAUGCUUCGUAGAGUGUCGUAAAACCAAUCAUUUUUUAGUGUCACGCAGCCUUACAGAUUUACUGUUUUGCGGAGCUACUCUUACAUUUAUCAUUUAAAAAUAUCUUCACGGAUUAUCCAUUUAAUUAAUCUCUUAAGUCAAUCUCAAAGGCUGGGAAAUAAGUCGAAUUGUCGACCUUUGGUACUCCUCAGUUUGACGUGAUUCAGUUUUUUGUGGGCGCCUCAGGUAGCUGAAAGUAGCGACCCCGUCAGAAUUUGUUCUAACUUCAUCAAAAUCGAUUAGGAAAAUAAACUGAGAGAAUUUUUGAUGUA